GAGAGAGAGAGAGAGAGAGAGAGAGAGAGAGAGAGAGAGAACCAUGAAAAAUGGGCGAAGCAAAUAAAUAAAGAAAUUAAUAUCAUUUUUCAAUUGGAUUGGCGCAGUGUCUCAGUGUGCUUAUCAUUAUGUAGAACAUUACGAUAUAUCGGGAGACCCAAAAAAAAAAAAUCAAAAAAAGAAAAAUACGAAAAAAAAAAAACAUUUUAUCUAUCUCCGACUUUACCGGCGGCAGUACGAGAAAGGAAACGUCAAAAGGGGACGAGCGUGAAAAAAAAAGAGCGAAAACGAAAAAAAAAAAAUAAAAUUUAAAAAGAAAUGUUUUCGAGGUAAAUACAAAGAAAAACAAAGAGUGGGGGGUGGAGGGAUGAGUUGCGAAAUAAACGAGAAGGAAAAGUGGAAGAAAGAAAGAAAGAGAAAAAUGUAAUGAAAUUUUCGAAGGGUGAAUUUCGAAGGGUGAAGCUCAAAAUUUCGAGUCGUUCGUUUGUGGCGUAAAAACGUGAAGAAACUAAUGUUCUCGACGUCAGUUUUGUUUUACGACGCGUUCGGUACUCGAUUGUAAAAAAAAAAAAAAAAAAGGAAAGGGGAGGAAAGAGAAGAGACAAAAAAAAAGAAAAAGAAAUAGAAAAGAAUAAAAAAAAAAACAAACAAACAAAAAAAAAGAUACAAAAAGAGAGACGACUACACGAGAUUAAUCCUAUCCGAUAAAUGGCUUCGCGAAGAUCGAUGUCGUUUUACCGUAGGCAAAAACUCUGUGCACUGUGCGAGAAACGUGAAUCGAAAUGUAAAUUCGUAAAUAGUUAAAAAUUUCGUAUCAGAUCGUAUCUUUCGAUUCACCUUUCACCUCUCGCUUUAAAUGGGUACGCGCAAUCUGUAUAAUAAAUACUAUUUGGCAAACGGGAUGUGUAUGCAUUAUACGUAGAUGUUAAGUGCUAUUUACACAAAGUAUCCGACAUUAGCUGAAUUUAAACUGCCACCAAUUUUGGGUCUACGUAUGUACGUUUGAGCACUACUGCCAUUUUCCAAAGAGGGUUAGAGGACACGUACACGAAAAAAGAAAAAAAAAGAAAAGAAACAUAAUUUAAAACAGAAAAAAGAAACUUACAAGCCUGUCUAUAGUGUAAUAUAAAGUCAAGAAAAUAAACUGUGUAAAUUUAUCGCGCAAUA